GCCCGUCUCCUCCCGAGCCCCUCGACCGAAAUCCGGGCACCCGACUAAAGGUGCGAGGUCGGCGGCGGGCGAUGUCGCGGCAGUACGGCAGGAGGGGAACGGGGCCGGGUCCUCCGCCCGCUUCCCGGCAGCAUCCUAUCGAGGUCUGAGCCGUGCUGCGGACAGGCACAGGCUGCUGAGUCUUUUGUGUGCGUGUGUUUGGGUUUUGUUUGGUUUUUUGUUUGGUUUUUCUUUUCUUUUCUUCGCUUUGCGGUUUUUUUCCUUUCCGUUUUGGUCUGUGUUUAAGUUACUGUGGAACGAGGAGGUGCGAGGCGUCGUAGCAGCUCGGUGGCGGUCCGUUCUUACCGAAAGAGCCGCUCCAUACGCGGAGUGCUUUCUUUUUCGGAUAUGGGGAGGUGGGACGGGCGCCGGGGGUGGCGAGGGAUCCUCCGGGCCGGGGCGCACCUGCCCGGCGGUCCCCCCACCCGCGCCCAGCGCCCAUCAGCGCUGCUCGACGGGACGGACCCGAGGUGAGCGGCGGGCGCGCUGAAGGUCAUUAAAACACAAAAGCGCUCCAGCGCUGCGGUCCAAUAUAGCGCAUGCGCCCUGCCCGAGGACUGGCAGGGAGACGGCAAUAUGGCGAGAAUGCCUGGCAGCGGCGGCGGCGGCGGAGAGUGGAGCGGUGGCGGCGGAGGGGGCGGCGGACGCGGCGGAGGCGGCGGGAACAAUGCGGGGGACCGGCCGUCCGGCCGCGGCGUCGCCCCCCGCCCGCACCGCUACUGCAGCGCCGGCGAGGAGGAGGAGGGCGAGGAGGAGGAUGAGAUCCAGGAGGUGCAGAUAACGGGGGACGAGGAGGAGGAGGACGGAGCCGAUGGGGGGCUGCUGCUGGACGAGGAGGAGGAGGAAGAGGAGAUGGGUCUGGAGUGGGACGGCGAGGAGGAGACGGAGCCGCUGCCGCCCGCCCCGGGCCGUACGCCGGGCGGCGGCAGCAGCGGCGUCGGGGCUGCCCCGGGGGGCGCCGCGGCGGCUGCCCCGGGGGGCGGCGGCGGCGGCGGCCCCGGGGGGGCGGCGGAGGACGCGGAGCUGGAGGCGGCCCUGCUGCUGCAGCGGCCGGAGCGGGCGCGGCUGAGCGAGAACACGCGGCUGGCCACCCGCUACGCCGUGCGCAUCUUCCGCGAGUACCUGAGCGAGAAGGCGCAGAGCCCCGACUUCGAGACCAUGGACAAGGGGGCGCUCUGCCGGGUCCUGCGCUCCUUCUACGCCGAGGCGCGCUCCAAGAGCGGGCAGCUCUACUCCAAGUCCUCCCUCAUCAGCAUCCGCAGCUCCCUAAACCGCUACCUCAACGAGCCGCCCUACUGCCGCACCCUCGACCUCACCAAGGACCCCGAGCUCCGCGCCGCCAACCUCACCCUGGCCGCUGUCAUCCGCAAGCUGGAGGAGCAGGGCGCCGGGCCGGUGGUGCAGAAGCAGGCCAUCACCCGCGCCGACCUCCGCAAGCUCUACACUUGCAGCGUGUUCAGCACCCAGAGCCCCUUCGGGCUCCUCAACAAGGUCUGGUUCGAGACCUGCAUGUACUUCUGCACCCGGGGCCGGGAGAACCAGCGGGAGCUGGAGGAGGACUCGUUCGGGCUGGCCGUGGAUGAGGACGGACGCAAGUUCGUCUACUUCAAGGCACUGGGGCCCUACCACAAGUCGCGCUCGUCCUCGUGGAGCAAGAAGCGGGCGGAGAGCAGUGACGAGGAGAACCUGCCUCGCAUGUAUGAGACUGGCACAGAGUUCUGCCCCUACGCCAGCUUUGUCAAGUACCUCUCCAAGCGCAACCCCCUCUGCAAGGCCUUCUUCCAGCGCCCGCGGGACCACUGCAGCGAGGGUGACAUCACCUGGUAUGAGAACAAGGCCAUCGGGAAGAACCUCCUGGGUACCCGCAUGCAGAUGCUCUCCAAGGCGGCCAAGCUCUCCAAGACCUACACCAACCACUGCAUUGGUGCCGUCUCCAUUGCCACCCUCAACAGUAUCGCUGGCAUUGGCACCAAGCUGGGAGGACUGCAGCCACCCCACCACCACCACCCCCCUCCCCACCACCACCACCUCCUCCACCACCCCGCUGGCGGGGGCUGCUACACCCCUGCCGCCCUCAAUGGUGGACCUCGGCCGCGGCCACCCGCUGCCAACCCCUAUGUGCUGCCCAAAGACGGUGACGCUGCGCCAGUGAAAGCAGAAGCGGCCGCAGUGGCCCCGGCCAAGCGGGCGCUCUACGAGGCAGUGUUCCCAGCAGGGGCUGCGGCCGGCGGUGACGCUUGUGGGCCCUCUGCCUCCCCCAAAAGACUCUGCCGCCGCCCCGCUGAGCCCCUGGAUGCCGCUGCGCCAGCCGUGGUGGUGGUCUCAGUGAAACAUGACCCCUUGCCUCACCUCCUCCCCGAAGCAAAUGGGCACAGAAGCACCACCUCACCCACAGUAGUUUCACCUGCUAUUGUUUCCCCCACACAGGACAGUCGGCCCAAUAUGUCAAGACCUCUGAUCACUAGAUCCCCUGCAUCUCCAUUGAACAAUCAAGGCAUCCCCACUCCAGCACAGCUCACAAAAUCCAACGCACCAGUUCACAUUGAUGUGGGUGGGCACAUGUAUACCAGCAGCUUGGCCACGCUUACAAAAUAUCCUGAUUCCAGAAUCGGCCGGCUUUUCGAUGGCACAGAGCCCAUUGUCCUCGACAGUCUCAAGCAGCAUUAUUUCAUCGACAGAGAUGGGCAGAUGUUCAGAUAUAUCUUGAAUUUCUUAAGGACAUCAAAACUCCUCAUUCCUGAUGAUUUCAAGGACUACAGCUUGUUAUAUGAAGAAGCAAAAUAUUUCCAGCUUCAGCCCAUGCUAGGAGAGAUGGAACGGUGGAAACAGGACCGGGAGAGUGGCCGCUUCUCGAAGUCUUGCGAGUGCCUGGUGGUGCGAGUUGCCCCAGAUCUCGGCGAGAGGAUUACACUGAGUGGAGAUAAGUCAUUGAUAGAGGAGGUGUUCCCAGAGAUCGGUGAUGUGAUGUGUAAUUCUGUCAACGCCGGCUGGAACCACGACUCUACACACGUCAUCCGAUUUCCACUGAACGGAUACUGUCACCUCAACUCAGUUCAGGUACUCGAGAGGUUACAGCAAAGAGGGUUUGAGAUUGUUGGCUCAUGUGGAGGUGGGGUGGACUCUUCCCAAUUCAGUGAAUACGUACUAAGACGAGAACUCAGAAGGACAUCUCGUGCACCCUCUGUCAUUCGAAUAAAGCAAGAGCCUCUGGACUAAAAUGGACAUGCUUCUUUAUGCAAAAAAAAAAAAAAAAAAAAAAAAAAGGAAAACAAAGAGGAAAAAAAAAGGGGGACAUUUCAUGUGCAGUUUGGACUCCAAACAAGUCCUGGAACUAAAAUUGAAUAAAAGACACAUUUAUAUCAAAUAUAGAGACCACACCUGAAUUCAUAUGGGAACACUUGGAAUAGUAGUGAUAAUAAUAAUAAUAAGCUCAAGGUAUAAAAGAAAACACACACACAAAAAAAUAUGUAUGUAUAUGUAUGUCUGUACAUAUAUAUAUGUAUGUAUAUGUCAAAGGGUAGGAAAUGCAAUGACAAAAUGUGGUAGAUGAGGUUGGUGCUGUGAUGGCCAUUAAGUGUCCUAGGCCCUUCCCAGGCCCACUUAACGGUGUACAAGCCAUUUCCAGGGGGGGAUUCAUAGACUACUCUUCACCCAUUUUCAUUGCCAAACAGCCAUCCACUUUUUAAUGUGUAUACACCUUGACUCAACUUUAUUUGCAUAUGGAGGUUUAUGUCUGUCUUUUUUAGAGGUGGAUGGGCAGGUGUUCAGGAGACAACCAUCCAUUGCAUUGGAAAGCUGAAAUUUUAAAUGUAGUUUGUACAGAAGUCGCACACUUUUUGUCUGCCCUCACAGAUGUGAAAGGUUAACUUUUCUUUUGAAUGAGGUUUUUUUGUUGUUUUGUUUUGUGUUUUUCAAAGGGGGCCAGAAUAAUUAAUAUUUGGUAGAGAUGCUCUGGUUUGAAUCUGCUGCUUUCCUACAAUUUUUUCAAAUUUUAUAAUGUAUUAAAUACAAUAAACUCCUGUUUAAAAUAACAA